AUCCUGAACUGCAGUCCCGAGAGUCUGCUCAGUCAGACGGCUACUCUGGAACAAGUACAGAUCCAUCCUAAACCUUCAGACGGUUUGGGCCUUGUAAUUAAAUCAACAUCUUCAGGACAGCAUUUUUUUGUUGGCCAAACCGUACCAGAGUCUGCAGCCAGAGAGUGUGAACAAAUCCUUCCAGGAGAUGAGAUAAUUAAAGUGAAUGAUCAGGUUGUGGUUGGAUGGACUCAUAAAAAUCUUGUGUGUAAACUCCAGGAGAAAUUAAGCUGUGUGACUCUUAUUUUAAAGAAAGUUUCAGUCUCCCCCUCCAAAUCUCCUGUCUCUUCAAACACAAGCAAAACACAUGAAAGAAACACAUCACCAUUGAUGGCCAAGUCUCCAUUUUCUUCACAUCCAAGUCAUGUUCCUGCUUCACCUAAUGGCCGUGACCUCCUAUUGAAAACAAAUAGUGCUCCAAUAUCAUCACCAAAACACAAAAACCUUCUGGAAACACAAAGUGCACCUGGUUUCCAGACAGAGAACAAACUGACAAGCAUAAAAUCUGAUAGUGGCGCUCCACAAAAUCUGGAACAAGCCUCUUCUGUUGAAAACCUUCCAGGAGUGAGUCCGAAUUGGCCAAGUAGGUUUAGUUCUCAGGGACAUCAUACUUGGCCCUGCUUAGGUGUUUCAUCUGAGUCAAAGCCUCUUACGCCAGACGUUUUUGUUUGUCUUCCUCCAACCACCUCUGAACUACCUGCCCAACUAGAGAUGUCUUGCUCAAAGAUAUAUGCAAAAACACUCACUCCAUUUGAACAGUGUUCCUCAGAAAUGGACUCAAAAAAUUUAAAGCAUUCCGCACGCCCAAGAAGUGGGUCAGAUUCUACCUCAUCACCUGUGAACAGCCUGCUGGCACCUCCUUCUGCCAAUCUGAGGCCCUCCAUAUAUGACAGUAGUCUAUCAAGCAAAACAGAUGCUGAAGUUCCUCAGCAAGGCAAGAGGCUAGCUUCCUCCCACAGUUCACAAGGGAAAGCAAUAAGCCCAAAAAAAGAGAAAAAGCUGCAACCUUCAGACAUGGACAAACACUCCCAGUUUAACAAAGAGACAUCUGAUCGAGCUCCCCGAAAUCAAAAAGCAACUAAGCUGAGCCGCAGAAGAGUGUCUUGUCGAGACUUGGGAAGUCCAGACUGUGAUGGCUGGCUAUGGAAGAAGAAAGAAAAUAUCAGUUUCAUGUCUCAGAAAUGGAAACACUGCUACUGUGUCCUAAAGAAAGAUAAAUUGUACUGGUACAAUGGACCUCAGGAUGAGAAAGCUCUGGGAAUGUUAAAACUCUCUACAUAUUAUUUGGAGAGCCCAUGGGAAUCAAAGCACAGAAAGAAAUAUGAAUUUCAGCUUACGCAUCACAUGUACAAGCCAUUUGUAUUUGCGGCAGAUAAUUUGACAGAUAUGAACAAGUGGGUGACCUGUCUGGUUAAAACCUUACAGAAAUAUAAAAGUCACGCAAACGCCAAUAAUUCACGGGAAGAAGAUUGUUACAGUGAAACAGAGGCAGAGGAUGAUGAUCAAGCCAAAGCUCAAGAUGCGGUGAAAAAACAAACUGCGCAAUCACCAGUGAAAAACAUGCCUGACGCAAGUCCAGUCUCCACUAAGGAAAAGGGGGCAGAAGGUGUACAGAUGCCAAAUUUUAGCAGUCCCCAAACUCAAGUAAAUGAUGAUCUUGAGUUAAUGAUGACUUGUCUGAAACAAGGAGGGGUGUCACUCAUUGGUAAAAAGACUGCAAUGACUCGAGAUGAAUACCGCAAAUCAUUCAUCAAACGAAAUAAAAAUCCAGACAUAAAUCACAAAGCACACACCUUGCGUGUUCUACAAAGUACACUAAAAGCAAAGCUGCAGGAGCUUGAAGUUCUGAAUCAAAUCCUGGAGCAUCCCAACUUGGACGCUGCUGCAUUCCGAAAGUGGAAAGCUGAACAUGACCAGCUGUAUGGCAGUGUAGAAAAGGGCUCACAGGCCGCUGCAGAGAAUGUGUUCAGCAUGGAUGUAGAAGGGAGCAAUGACCAAAAAAAGCAAGAAAGUGAUGAUAGUGAAGCAAGUGAAUAA